UGCCGCCAGUCGAGACCGCGCGCCGCAGGGGACGGACGCGUCGCCCGCCGCGCCACGUUCGCGAGUGUGUUGAUGUGACUUACGCGGUGCUGUGUACACGCGCUCCUUAUACUAUAGUGUCUCCCUUAUAGUACGAGUGACGCUUCCCUUAAGCAUGCUGAUGGUACAGACCAACACGCAGCCCAUGAAGACCGCCAAGCUGAAAGGCCCGCCACCGGUCCCGCCGCGGCCCAACCAGAGUGUUGUGGCCGAGGCGCUGGCCAAGACAAGGAAGGCCGUCGCCGAGUCAAAGGCCAAUCUAACCAAGUCUCGAGUGUCGCCUAAGCAAGAACCUAUGCCCAGAUCCAAAACUUUGGAUAGACAAACCGCUCAACCCUCAGUUUCGCCCAAACAGAACGGUCUAGCACGCGUGAAGUCAUUCAUCAGAGAUGUCAUCAGCGACCGGAGCUCGUCGUCGGAUGAACGGAGGUCCAGCGGGCAGAACUCCCGCAGGAGUUCAAGCGACAGCUGUUCCAUACCGGCCCCGGCACCUAUCAAAAAGUCUAACGAAUCUCUCAACUCAAAAGCGGUGAAAACUUGUAAACAGAUUUUAGUGCGAUCUCUUUCAACAUCAAAUAAGUUAGAUCAGGAUUCAAAAUCAAAAAUCACAAAAUCUUCUAGUUUUGCCGAAAAAACACUGCCUUUAAGAAAAGCACCGCCGCCUCCAUUAUCGCCAAAACCUAGGUUAAAAUCAAUGAGGCCUUUGCCUGUACACAAUAAUUCAUUAGAAAGACGAAAGCCGAAACUAUCCUCUCCGGAGAUAAGCCCAUAUUCGUCGCCAGUGGACGCUAAGCCGCCGCCGAGCCCAGCGCCCGAGGCGCCCUAUGCCACUGUCGAGGAAGUGCAGGAUUUCGACGAUAGAUUAAGGAACAGUCCGUCGAAGCAAGUCAAUAACCUCCCAGAUACACAAACCGCUCCUGACAGCCCCAAACGUGACGAAACUGUAAAUAAAAAUAACAAUUCUUUAGAGCGUAAGACGUCACGAGUCACGGAGAUGCUAAUUUCAGAGAUACUCGCGAGUAGAAACAAUAACAAAGACGAGGCGAACAGUGUUAUAGAUAAGGGGAAGAAUUUGGAGAACAUGAGUAACGGGAACGAUUCUCCAGAGACGGAGCGUGAGUUGAUGAAGGAUAUGAACAACCACGAAAUGUUGAUAUACGAGUUGCAGACGAUGAGGUCACAGUCCCACGUGCCCGACAACGUGGAGGCUAAAGAAACCGCAGAGAAAAGCCAAUGUGAUUCAGACUCGGAGCAGAACUACGCGUUGUCUUCGGAGACGAGCGGCCAUACAGACGACAGUGACCAAGCGUACGCAUACAUUGUCGACGAUGACCUUAAGUCUAGACUUCGCAAGCAGUUCCGCGCGAUCAGCACAAUGUCGCUUCAGGGCCUGCCGCCGCUGCCGAAGAGCCUUAGCGGCUUCGCAGACGGGGAGCCCCAAGAGCCCCCGUCGCCGGUCGACGAGAAGCCUCCCACGGACCUCGACUCACAGCUCAUUUACUUGAAGAAGGAAAUGGCAAGUCUCAGACAGCUGGACCUGUCUCUGUUGUCGGAGCUCUGGUCUCUCAGCGAGGCAAUGGCUUCCUGGCGCCGGCAGCUGGAGCGCUCGCCGCGCCUGCGCCCCGCGCCGCCACCGCCGCCACCACCGCACUAUCUUCGCACAUAGACCUAGCUUUAACCACACCCCGGACACUUCUUAAAACACGUCGUUUUACACAGACACUACACAUUGACAAUAUCGUACACGCGCAACUGUGUGUAUGUGUGACGUCUGACGCCAUACGAUUCAAGACUAAAGUAAGAUCGAGGGGGGGUGAGGUAAACGUGGCUCAGGCGCUGGUGGGGAGCGGAGAGUUGCCGUUCUAUACCACGUAGGACCACUUUUAUUUCAUAAUUUAUUGUUGAUACUUAACGAGUGUCGGUAACACAGCACUACGAUAAUUCGUCAGAAAGCUAUAAUUUUUAAAACACAUAGAACUUAGCUUAUCUGAAGACAGAGAAGUACUAUCAAUUAAUUAAGUUAAUAAAAAGGUCCAGAAUUAAAUUGUUUGAGUGUUGGCUAAAUGUCCUCGGAGUAGUGAGUUAUACCCAUAAACAAAUAUAAAAGAUGCAUAUGUCUGCUAUCCAUGAAAUCAGAAGGUUAAACGAAGGUAAAUCUAUACAGCGCCUUCUAUAAUGUUUUUGGGGAACAUACCCUGGAAAAUCCCACAUUGUCACCAAGUUGGUUGAUUGCAGAUUAAUUAAGUAAUAAGUUCGAUUAAUGGGGCAAAUUCAACGUCUGUCCAACGACUGUCCAACGAUUUUGUAAAUCGACUAACCCAGCUUGACAAGUUAAUAUAGAGUGUUGUUGUAGUGCGAAAAUGUAAAUAUUAUAGUACUAUUCUUCAGUCCUUUAUAGUACUAUUCUUCAGUCCACUCUCAGUUCUAUAAAUGUUAAACAUAGUAUUUUCAAAAACUUUUUAAGAAAUAUAACAUUAUAAUAUGUGCAGAAUAUAAAAAAAUUAAAAUAUACUUUUCUCUAUAGAGUUUGAAUAGUUUGAAAUACUAACAACUCGGAUACAAAAUAGUUUGUCGCAGUUUUCUCACAAGCAAAUGUCGACUUGAACUUAAAAACAAAUGCAAAUAUACAUUUUAAAUAUUUUGUAACCACUAUUUUAUGACAAAGGAACACACAAAGUAAAUUAUAUUUCAUCGACAAUUAAGUAUGAAAUAUUUUUAAUAAUCCGUUUUGAACCACUUAUCAAUGCAAAUUGAGCAAUACUUAAUACGUCACUGUGUGGUAUGUGUAUAUCGUGUGAAUUGUAAAAAUAGUUUAGUGAUUACUGUAAGGAUUUUCAUAAAUAAAAGAAAAUUGAUCAUUA